AUGGAUGCUCGUCAAGUGUUGCAGAGCACUCUCUCAGCAGAUGCGGCGGAACGUUCCAAUGCUGAGCAGCAGCUCGCCCAUGCCGCGGAGGUAGACUUCGCCGCCUAUCUCACCACCCUCGGCCAGGAACUGGCCAACGAAGACAGCCCCCCUCACAUCCGUGUCGCCGCCGCAGCGAUGGGCUACACAGAUCCCCUUGGACACCAAGACGCAGGUCAAGGAGCUCGCCCUCAAGACUCUGCACUCCCCAACACCCGCGCCGGAAAUGCCGCCGCUACAUUGAUCGUUUCGAUUGCCUCCAUCGAGCUACCGCGCAAUGAGUGGCCCGACCUGAUGAACAUUCUCGUCCAGAACGUGGCGAGCGGCACCGACGCUCUGAAGCAGUCCUCCCUGACGACUAUUGGUUUCAUUUGCGAGUCUCAAGACCCUGAUCUCCGUGCUAGCUUGACUUCUCACUCCAACGCUAUCUUGACCGCCGUCGUCCAGGGUGCCCGUCGCGAGGAGCCCAACAUGGAGGUUCGUUUUGCCGCUAUUGCUGCUCUUAGCGAUGCCGUCGAUUUCGUGCGCUCCAAUAUGGACAACGAGGGCGAGCGCAACUACAUUAUGCAGGUGGUCUGCGAGGCCACCCAGGCCGAGGAGGUCCGCGUGCAGGCCGGUGCCUUUGGCUGCUUGAACCGCAUCAUGGGUGCCUAUUACGAGAAGAUGCGCUUCUACAUGGAGAAGGCUCUGUUCGGCCUCAGCAUCAUGGGCAUGAAGAGCGAAGAGGAGGAUGUUGCCAAGCUAGCUAUCGAGUUCUGGUGCACUGUGUGCGAGGAAGAGAUUGCUAUUGAGGAUGACAACGCCGAGGCCCAGCAGGAGGGUGUCGAGGCUCGUCCAUUCUUCGGCUUCGCCCGCGUUGCCACUCGCGAAGUUGUUCCCGUUCUGCUGCAGGCCAUGUGCCGCCAGGAUGAGGAUGCUGAUGACAAUGAGUACAACGUGUCGCGUGCUGCCUACCAGGCUCUGCAGCUGUACGCUCAGUGUGUGCAGGGUGAUGUCAUUCAGCCCGUGGUCACUUUUGUUGAGGAGAACAUUCGUAACGAAGACUGGCGCCGCCGUGAUGCCGCCGUUGCCGCCUUCGGCGCUAUCAUGGAGGGCCCCGAGCCUAGCGUUUUGGAGCCUCUGAUCAAGCAGGCUCUGUCUGUUCUCUUGGGCAUGAUGGAGGAUUCGUCUGUCUCCGUCCGCGAUUCCACUGCCUACGCUCUUGGUCGUGUCUGUGACUGCUGCCCCGAGGUUUUGGACCCCAAUGUGCACCUGCAACCCCUUAUCUCUUGCCUUUUCAACGGCCUUGCCAGCAGCCCUAAGAUUGCCAGCUCCUGCUGCUGGGCUUUGAUGAACGUUGCCGACCGUUUCGCCGGCGAUGCUGGGUCCCAGACCAACCCUCUUUCCAAGCACUUUGAGGACAGUGUGAAGUCCCUGCUUGCUGUGACUGAGCGCCAGGACGCUGAUAACCAGCUCCGCACCGCCGGUUACGAAGUUCUCAACUCCUUCGUUCUGAACUCGGCCAACGACAGCCUCGCCAUGGUGGCUACCCUUUCGGAUCUUAUCCUCCAGCGCCUCGAGCAGACCAUCCCCAUGCAGCAGCAGGUUGUCAGCACAGAGGAUCGGAUUCUGUUGGAGGAGAUGCAGACUAGUUUGAUCAGUGUCAUCCUGGCUAUUGUCCAGCGCUUCGAGACUGACAUCAAGCCCCAGGCUGACCGCAUCAUGCACGUCCUGCUCCAGGUCUUGCAGACUGUCGGCCCCAAGUCCAGUGUUCCCGAUGUUGUCUUUGCUACUGUCGGUGCUGUUGCCAGUGCUCUCGAGGAGGACUUCAUCAAGUACAUGGAAUCCUUCAAGCCCUUCCUGUUCAACGCUCUCGGCAACCAGGAGGAGCCCGGUCUCUGCUCCAUGGCCAUCGGCCUUGUUAGCGACAUUGCCCGUGCUCUUAACGAGAAGGUCCAGCCUUAUUGCGAUGACUUCAUGAACUUGCUCCUCAGCAUUUUGCGCACUUCCACCAACCAGCUUAAGCCUGCUAUUCUGGAGACCUUCGGUGACAUCGCCCAGGCGAUCGGCACUGCCUUCAACACCUACCUGACUGUUGUCGGCCAGGUCCUUCAGCAGGCUUCUUCGGUCACCACUAGCUCUGACCUCCCAUACGACAUGGUUGACUACAUUGUCUCCCUGCGCGAGGGUAUCAUGGAUGCCUGGGGCGGUAUCCUCCUGUCCUACAAGGGCAGCCCUGAUAUUGCUCAGAUCCAGCCCUUCGUCGAGUCCAUCUUCCAGCUGCUCCACAUCAUCUCGCAGGAGGGUAACCGCAGUGAGGGCUUGAUGCGCUCCGCUAUGGGUGUCCUUGGUGAUCUUGCCGACGCUUUCCCCAACGGUGAGCUUGCCGCUUACUUCCGCAACGACUGGGUCACCACCCUCGUUCGUGAGACCCGCACAACUCGCCAGUACAGCCCGCGAACCAUUGAGACUGCUCGCUGGACUCGUGAGCAGGUCAAGCGCCAGAUCAACAUGAGCACUGGCAUGGCCUAA